AUGCAUCUCCAAUCUCUCGUCGCUACCUCGCUUGUCCUCUGCGUGUCAUCCGUCUCGGCGGCCCCCACGUCCAACUACAACUACAAUUAUGGGGGCGGUGGGAGCGCCAAUGCGGGAGGAAAUGCAAAUGUAAAUGUGGGCGGUGAGCUCAACGUUGGAGGUAGCGUGCACGCGGGAGCAAAUGCGGCGGCAGCAAUCUCGUGGGGGAUCAACGUCCUCGGCCAGUACCUUACACCAUGGCAUGAUGCUAAGCCCUCGCGUAUGGAGUGGCACUCGAGCUAUGGCCAGCAACCCCAGGGUGGAAGCUACAACAACGGAGGCAAUUACAACAACGGAGGAGGCUACAAUAACAACAAUGGAGGUGAAUCCUCCUCUGCGGGUGGCAGCGAGCAGACCUCUGUAGAGGGCCAAGCUGAGCAGACCUCUGUAGAGGGCCAAGCUGAGCAGACCCAAUCCUCCUACGAAGGUGCUGGGGGCAACUAUAACGGCAACCCGGUUGAGACCCCUGUAGAGGGUAACGCUGAGCAGACGCAGUACUACGGAGGAGCCGAAGGUCAAGCCAGUGAGACUUCUUCCGCAUACGCAGGAGGCGAAAGCCAGGCAGGCGAGACAAGUGCCGCGUACGAGGGACAAGCAGGCGAGACAUCAUCUGCCUAUGAAGGACAAGCAGGCGAGACAUCAUCUGCCUAUGAAGGACAAGCUGGCGAGCAAGCGACUUCGACUGCAGAGGGCGAGCACGCGACCUCAACACAAGCAUACCAGGGAUCCGAAUCCUCUACUGCAGAGGGCCAACAGGCAACCUCGAGCGCUGCCCACGAGGGCGCUGGAUCCUCCACCGUUGAGGGCCAAGGCCAGUACGCUUCAUCUACCGCAGAGGGUCAAGCCGAGACCUCAAGCGCAGCAUAUGAAGCUACAACAACGGCGCCUGCUGCCGGCGAACAUGCGACCUCGACCAUCGUCUCGGGUGCAGCAGAGUGCACCGCGACCUCUCCACCAACCAUGGAGCAGAUGUACGCCGCCAUGAGCUCCUGGGAUAGGAGCCAGAUGGAGCAGAUGAUGAACUAUGUGUCAUCCGCCAUGGCUGGUUACUAG